GUGAAACAACAUGGCGACUUCUAUACUUCCGGUGGCUUCAAGCCUUCAAUGCGCAGCAAGCGAUCGGGGCCAUUCCAGUUAUAGAGUUCAGUGGACAAGCCCCAUGGCAGAUGACACGAAGUUCGCUUCAGUUCACUGCCUACAGCGGAAGUCACCGAGGGCAACUCAAACUGCUAUUGAAAUGCAGCCAAAAAGAAGAUGGCGGGCUAGGCGGCUGUGGCUUUCUGGAAAUUUAAAAUUUACGAUUAACCAAUGAUAUCGGUUCACGACAACCUUAGAGAUUAGUUCUACAGCCAACGAAACGGAAGUUGAGUGUGUGCCUCUUGAGGUGCUAUCCGAAGUAAAGAUUGAUGACAUAGUAGAAGAUGAAGCUAUGCUAAGAUGGCGACGGCCAGUCAAAGAAAAGGCGGAAGAGAAUCAGCGCCACCAACUCCCAGCAAACCAUCUAAGCAGAAAAAAACCCAAACUGCUGACAACGAUGUACAGCAGCUGAUUGAUCAAGAAGAACAUCCCUGUCACCCGCAGGGGUGGCGCUUUGCUUUAAAGCAGGAGGAUCCUCAGCACCCCCACAUUAAACAGGAAAAGGAGGAACUCUGCAUUACUCAGGAGGAGGAGGAAGAGUGUCUUCUAGGGCUGGAGGAGGCUGAUGUCACCAAGUUGCCACUGACUGGUGUCUCCGUCAAGACUGAAGUCCAUGAAGACAAACCACCUGAGUCCUUAUGUUGGUUGUCUCUUUCACACGUCCAGCAAAUGUUUGGUCAUCAAGAAGAGUGUCCCCCUCAGCCACAGGGAGGGAGCUCCACUUUGAAGCAGGAGGAUCCACAGCCCCCCGAUGUUAAAGAAGAAGAAGAAGAGGAGGAGCCACAGACCCCCAACGUGAAAGAGGAAGAUGAUGAACUCUGGAUCACUCCGGAAGGAGCGUGUCUUUUAGGGCUGGAGGAGGCUGAUCUCACCAAGUUGCCACUGAUUGGUGUCUUUGUGAAGACUGAAGACCAUGAAGACAAACCACCUGAAUCGUUACAUUGGUUGUGUCCUUCCGAUGUCCAGCAGAUGAUUGGUCAUCAAGAAGAACGUCCCUCUCAGCCACAGGGGGGGAGCUCCACUUUAAAGCAGGAGGCUCCGCGGCCAUCUGACAUGAAAGAGGAAGAGGAGGAACUCUGCAUCACUCAGGAAGGAGAGAGUUUUUUACGCCAGGAGGAGGCUUUCCUCACCAAUUUGCCACUGACUGGUGUCUCUGUGAAGACUGAAGACCAUGAAGCCAAACCACCUGAGUCCUCACAGCUUCAUCACAGUCCAUGUGAGGAGAACAGAGGGGCGGAGCCUCUAAGCUCAUCACAACACAUGACAACAGAAACUGAUAGAGACCACUGUGGAGGAUCACAAGCAGAUAAUCUCUUAGCUCCACUAUCAAAUAAUAAUGAGACAUCACACUCUCCUGAUGACGAAGACAGGGACGACAGCCAAGAACCUUUGAGCAGCGGUACAGACUGUGAAGGUGAUAUGAGGACUCACACUGGAAGAAAACAAUCUGAAUGUUCUAAAAAGAAGACAGGUGCAAAAUGUUUCACCUGCUCAAUUUGUGCUAAAAGCUUUUCUCGUAAUAGUCAUUUGACUACACACAUGAGAACACACACAGGAGAAAAAGCAUUUAGUUGCUCAGUGUGUGCAAAAAACUUUUCUCGUAAGAGUAAUUUGACUACACACAUGAGAACACACACAGGAGAAAAAAGAUUUAGUUGCUCAGUGUGUGCAAAAAGCUUUUCUGUUAAGUAUCAUUUGACUCGACACAUGGCGAUACACACAGGAGAAAAACAUUUUGGUUGCUCCGUUUGUGCUCAAAGAUUUUUUGCAAAGUCACAAAUGGUAUCACACAUGAAAAAGCACACAGGAGAAAAACCCUUUUGUUGCUCAGUUUGUGCUCAAAGCUUUAUUCACAAGUGUUAUUUGACUCAACACAUGCGGACACACACAGGAGAAAAACCCUUUGUUUGCUCAGUUUGUGCUGAAAGCUUUAUUUACAAGUGUUAUUUGACUCAACACAUGCGGACGCACACAGGAGAAACACCCUUUGUUUGCUCCGUUUGUGCUAAAAGCUUUUCUCGUAAGUCUGAUUUGUGUCAACACAGGCUGACGCACACAACAGAAAAACCCUUGAUUUGCUCAGUAUGUGCAAAAACCUUUGGUAAUAAGUAUUAUUUGAAUCGACACAUGCUGACACACACAAGAAAAAGAUAUUUUAGUUGCUCAGUUUGCAAUAAAAGCUUUUCUUCUAAGGGUGCUUUGACUACACACAUGGUAAAGCACACAGGAGAAAAAACAUUCAGUUGCUCAGCGUGUGGGAAAAGCUUUUUUUUAAAGGGUGAUCUUACUCGACAUAUGCGGGUGCACGCGGGAGAAAAACCCUUUAGUUGCUCAGUUUGUGCGCAACGGUUCUUUCAAAAGUCACAUAUGGUAUCACACAUGAGAACACACACAGGAGAAAAACCCUUUGGUUGCUCAAUUUGUGCAAAAAGCUUUUCUCAGAAGUCUGAUAUGACUCAACACAUGCGGACGCACACAGAAGAAAACCCCUUUUCGUGCUCAGUGUGUGGGAAAACCGUUUCUAACAAGUAUUAUUUGAAACGACACAUAUUGUCACACACUAGAAAAAGGUCUUUUAUUUGCUUAGUUUGUACCAGAAGCUUUUCUUACAAAUGUGAUUUGACUCGACACAUGACGACGCAUACAGGAAAAAAACCCUUUAGUUGCUCAGUUUGUGCUCAUACGUUCUCUCGAAAGUCAAAGAUAUUAUUGCACAUGAGAACACACAAGGGAAAAAUCCUUUAGUUGCUCAGUUUGUGCUUCACUUCAAGGUCAAAGAUUGUAUUACAUGUGAGAACACACGGGGGAAAGUGGCUCAAUUUGUGAUAAAAGAUGUAAAAACACGAGAACAUGCACACAGGAGAACCUAUUUGUUGCUUCGUAUGUGGAGAAAGCGUGUCCGAGAAGUGCGCAACUAUACCAUAUUAUUUUGUAGAAAAGUUUUUAAAGUAAAAAUAGUGAUAGAUAUUUAAAGCUUUGUAUUUAAAUACUAAGCUUUGUGUUAUUAUUGCUUGUUGGUGUCAAUAUUUCAGCUUUUUCUCAUUGUGCCUUUUGCUCUAUUUUUACUUUUUUUGCUGUUUUUUAAUUUUAUUUUGUUUCUGCAGUGAUGCAAUGACAAAUUAGCCACGGUCCACAGAUGGGAUCCCCAACCUGUCGAGCGCAAGCUACUAGCCUUAGACUUUGUUGGUCGCUCCUGAUCAAACUCUUAAGAGCAGUUGAAAAAUGGCUAGAAUUUUCAUUUUGCACAUUUGGAUCUUAAUGAGGUUUUAAGUAGAGCUACAAUAUGCAAAAACAAGAACAGGGAGUGAGACAAAAAGCAUUUUGAAAAAGUAAUUUAUUGAAAACAACAAUUGAACUGAAAUAGGCUCUUUAUCAGCUGAUCAAAAGUUUAGGGCUAUAAAAGUUAAAAUCUGCUCAAAAUGUUAAUUUUCUGUCAUGCAUUCACACUGUCAUGCCCUCCUGAUGACUAAAGCUAAGACGUUUUCUCUUUUUGAACGUGGUCGGAUUGUGGAGCUGCAUUAGCAAGGCCUCUCGCAGCGUGCCAUUGCUGCUGAGAUUGGGUGCAGCAAGACAGUCAUUCUAAAAAAAGAUCCUGAGCAUUAUAGAACAAAAAUGUCAAGUGAUAGGCUAAAAAAAAAUCACACCAAGUGAUAGGCUAAAAAAAAAUCACACCUGCGUUGAGCCAGAGGAUCUAAUUGGCUGUCCAUCAAGAUACAGGGCGGUCUUCCACCCAAAUUAAGGCCCUUACUGGUUCUCCAAGGACUUCUUCAGGGAGAAUAACAACUCUUUUGGACCAUCCUGCAUGUUCCCCUCAUUUCAAUCCCAUAGAGAACAUUUGGGGAUGGAUGGCAAGGGAAGUUUAUAAAAAUGGCCAUCAGUUCCAGACAGUUUAUGCCCUUGGUGAAGCCAUAUUCACCACUUGAAGCAAUGUUCCCACUAGCCUCCUGGAAACACUCGCAUCAAGCAUGCCCAAAGCCAUUUUUGAAGUGAUUAACAAGAACGGAGGAGCUACUCAUUACUGAGUCCUACUGAGAACAUUUUUUGUUCUGGUUUGAAGAGUUUUUUUAACAACCUAUUUCAGUUUUUUUUUGUGUGUGUUGAAAUUACAAUCUCCAUUUUUUUUGUCUCACUCCCCCUUCUUGCCUUUGCAUAUUGUAGCUCACCUUAAAACCUCAUCAAGAUCCAAAUGUGCAAAAUGCAAAUUCUAGCAAUUUUUCAACUGGUCUUAAGAUUUUGAUCAGGAGUGUAUUCUCGUGAACGACCAACAAAGUCCCAAAAUCAACUAGUAGCUCGCGAUCGACGGCUUGGUGACCCCUGAUCUAUACCUUAGAUAAUUAAUAAUCCGUAUCCAAUAUCUAUUGUUAUCUGAUCAUUUGUAGUGUGAGUUGAAAUGUGGUAUUUGAGAGUGUCAAAGUAUAACAGGUGUGCAAUAAUUGAGUGGAAAAUAAAAUAUGGCAUAAGAAGGGAAACCAUUCUGGAAAACUAAAUAAAACCGGAUGGAAAUGUAAUGAUAAAUAAUGGAGUUAGAAUGAAACGUGUAUGAUUGCAAAUCAUUGGAAGGGAUUGUACAAGAAUUUAAAAUGAGUCUGCAUGCAAUCAGAACUAUGCAAUAACCGAGAUAUUAUGCAGAUAUUUUAUUGUAAAAGUAGUUCGUUGUUCAUUGUAACUGUUGUUUUGGCAAUUAUUUCUACCAAUAAAGAUUGUCCAGGAAACCAA